AGGCGGGAGAAACAGAAAGGCGAUACGGAUGUGUUUGUCGCUGCGCGGCGGAGAGGCGGCGUUCAGCCUUCGAGUUGGCGCUUGCCAUGGGACAUCACAGCCGGUGGCGUGAAUCCUGCUGGUUCUUGCUGCUGUUGCAUGGGCUGGGGGGCUUGGCCGCAGCGAGCGCUGGGGCGUUCCAGCUGCCUAUGGUCGUCAAUACCUGGGCAUUUAAGAAAGCUACCGAAAUAGCUUGGAAUACCUUACAAGCAGGAGGUUCUGAACUUGACGCAGUAGAGAAAGGUUGUGGGCAGUGUGAAAUAGAACAAUGUGAUGGAAGUGUAGGAUAUGGCGGAAGUCCAGAUGAACAUGGAGAAACCACUUUGGAUGCCAUGAUUAUGGAUGGUAACACAAUGCAGGUUGGAGCAGUAGCAGAUCUCAGACGCAUUAAAAAUGCUAUUGGUGUGGCACGGAAAGUGAUAGAACAUACUAGGCAUACCUUACUAGUUGGCGAGUCAGCUUCACUGUUUGCAGAAAGCAUGGGAUUUCCAAGUGAAGAUUUAACUACACCAGACUCUCUUUCAAUAUAUGUAAGGUGGCUCAAUCAAAGCUGCCAGCCAAACUUCUGGAAGAAUGUUACACCAGAUGCUUCAAAAUCAUGUGGUCCAUACAAACAGACUGCAGAGUUCAGUAAAAAAGAACAGAGCUCUUCAGAGAGAAGAAUAGAAGUUCACAAUCAUGAUACUAUUGGCAUGAUGGUAAUUGGUCGAAGUGGAAGUAUUGCUGUAGGGACAUCUACAAAUGGUGCAAAUCACAAAAUCCAGGGACGUGUAGGAGACUCUCCAAUAGCUGGAGCAGGAGCAUACGCUGAUAGUACAGCUGGAGCUGCAGCUGCUACUGGUAAUGGGGAUAUCAUGAUGCGAUUCUUGCCCAGUUAUCAAGCGGUGGAAUAUAUGCGAAUGGGAAUAGACCCAGUGGUGGCAUGUCAGAAGGUUAUUUCUAGAAUCCGGAAAUAUGACCCCUACUUCUUUGGUGCUGUUAUUUGUGCCAACACAAGUGGAAGCUAUGGUGCUGCCUGCAAUAAAGUCCCAGGAUUCACACAGUUCCACUUUAUGGCUUCUAACCCCAUUCUGAAGCAGCCGUCUGAGCAAAUAGUAGACUGCAUCUAACUUCUUUUCUUCAUCCCUUCUCUCAGUAUCCCUUCGCUUCUCUUAAUGGAAGUCUCUAAACUCAACCCAGUGGAAGAAAUGAAGGCUUUCAGUUUAAUCGUAAUAUACUCUUGGAAUUAAACUGCACUGCAUUCAAUAGGAAUUAUUUCUAUAUUAGUUUGGUAUAUAAAGACAAUAAAUGAGUGGAUUAGGUCCAGUCAAGUUGAACAGAACCGCAAAACAUCUCUUCUCAAUGACUUUUUGAGCUACUUUUUGCAAUAACAUUCAUUUUUAAAGAUACGUUACAAAAUUGGAGAGCUUAAUGAUUUUUUUCCCUAGGCUAACUCUCAGCUCUCUAUUUUGCUUAUAUUCUAAUAUAAGAGAAGCUAUUCCUCAAAUAUACAAAAGGAAGUUAUUGCUUAAAUAGUUCCUUACUUUUUUACCCUUAAGUUUAGACUUCAAAAAACAAGAUUCAAUUAAUUCAAUUUUUCUUUGCGACACUGUACAAAAUACUUUUUUUCUGUCAUUGAAGUUGGAGCAUAGAAAAUACCUGGAUGACACCAGUUACUAGUCUGUCCUUCAGGCUAUAGAGCAGGAGUUGGAAAUGUAGCCUCUGUGGCCCAACCAUACCUUUAAAUGGCUACCACUCGCCCUCAACAUCAAACAUUUAUUAAAUGAACACAUGAAAAUGGCUGAAAAAGAUCGCAAAACAAAAUGUUUGUUUUUCUUUUAAAAUUCUAAAAGCAAGUUUUUCAGCUGAUUUUACAUUUUCCCUUUGUCAGUAUUAUGUUGUUUUAGUGAGAUCAAUACUUUUAACUAGCGUUUUUUCUAUGAUAAAUGACUUCAAGUCAGUGAUUUUACUAUGCAGCUGAAUUGCUGUAUGCGUGAAUCUUUAAAACAAAUUCUGUUCUAAAUGUGUGAUUUCUAUUCACAGAAUGAAUAGGAUAGUGAUAGGAUAAUGUAUAGUAUAGAAUAGUAUAGUAUAGUGAAUAGAAUAAUGUAUUCACAGAGUGAAUAGUAUAGAGAAUUUCACUUCCUUACGUAAGUGAUCUUGUUAGCAAAACAAAAAAGUCAGUCAUGAUUUCCUGAAACAAGUUUAAUUUUAAAAAGUUCUCAAAUUCUCCUAAAACAAAGGUUGUUUUCCCACUUGUUACAAAUUUUUUAAAUUUUUUACAAAAUCCAGAUACGGGACAGCUAAUUGCAUUUUGUUAACGCUGAACCUUAAAGGACAUCUCCAGAAUUUUAAAAAAACCAAAACUGUGGUCCAAUGUAUGUAUAUUAAUACUAAAUAUAAACUUCCCCAGCCUGGUGUUCUCCAGAAGGAUUGAGAUGACAACUCUGAGUGUUCUAAACUUUUGACCAUGACCUAAUAAAACAUUGUUUUCAAUGGCUUCAGACAGCA